CCGCCGGGGCCGGUCGGGUAGCUGAGAGGAGAGGGCCGCGGCGGUGGGCUCGGGCGGCUGUGCCGAGGUGGAUGACAUCCGUGGGGGAGAGCUCAGAAAUUGAAGCCAGAGAAGCCUGUGACUGGCUGAGAGCUGCCGGUUUUCCCCAGUAUGCUCAGCUAUUUGAAGAUAUGCAGUUUCCUAUUGAUGUAAAAACUGUAAGGAAAGAUCAUGAAUUCUUAGAUGGAGAUGCGAUUGAAUCACUAUUCAGACGGUUGAACACAUUGAACAAGUGUGCAUCAAUGAAAGUGGAAAUAAGCCGUCAGAGGAAACGGAGUGAUGACUCUGAAGAUGAUGAACCUUGUGCCAUAAGUAACAAAUGGGCUUAUGAGAGGUGCAGUCAGAGAUGGUCUCGUAUCGAGAGCCUAGAAGGUUUUCCAGGAGAGGAAGGUGCUAGUGCAUCAGUCCCAGGCAGUCCAAUACUGAAGAGCGUCAUCAACGAGGAUGCUAUCUUUCUGGAUCAUGGCGAGAAACAUGAUGUGUCCUCAAUUCACAGUGCUAGCAGUGGUGACAGUGACAUUGUUAGCUUCCCAAAACCUUUUGAAGAUGUGGAAACCAGCACAAGUUCCUCAAGAUGUUCCUCAAUUAAGGUGGCUUCACUGGACUCUACAUUUAGUUGUUCUCCUCCCUGCAGUGAAUCUUUAAAUAUCACCAGUGAAGAGAAGCUUUUGGAUAAGUCACCAUAUAAAAAGAGGAAGAGCCUUCUAAAGAAAAUGGAGAAGUUGCACUUAAGGAGCUGCAACUUAAGGAGUGGUCAGUCAAAGGCCAAACCCAUAAUAAGUGAACCUGUUCUUCUAGAAGGACUUAAUGAAGAAAAGAUGAAGAUGCUGAACUGUGUAAAUAUUUCUGACCUCUCUAGCACCCAAACAAAGAACAAUUCUUCCUUUUCUCCCCAGAGUUGCAAUAGCAGCAAUCAGUCUGAAAAUAGCAGCUCAGUGAGCACUCCAAGUCCUGUUAUAAAACCACGAAGCCACUGUGAAGGAAGGGGGGUGUAUGCAGAGGACUUCGAUUCUAGCAAGCUCUUGCUGUGGGAUGAUCUAUCUCAGCAAAACCUAAAAAAUGACAUGACGUUACGAAUGAACCAGAUGUUUCAAAUACCACAAGGCCAUAAACCUGGCACUUUCCCCAAAGCACUUACAAACAGCUCCCUGUCUCCAGUAGACAACUCUUCCAUCAACUGGAGAACUGGGAGUUUUCAUGGGUGCAGGAGGAGCCAGAGCAGAAGCAGUUCCAAGGACUCCAAAGCCCCCAGGAAUCCCCUUUCAUGCACAGAUAACAGGCUAAGUGUAUAUGACAACAUGCCCAGUAUUGAACUUGAUAAUUUGGAGGCAGCACAAGUUGGUGAUGAUGAUGUUUUUUCAGAACUGAACAAUGUCAUAGAAGAUGUCAACGGUCUCAAAAAGUUGGUUGAUCAGUGGACAAAGAAGUUCUCUGAUGAUGGAGAUUUGGACUUUGCCAGUGACUUGACCUCUUUGUAUCCAUCCUCACCUAAAGAAAUCUGUCUUGAAACAGAGGGCUCAGAAGAUAAGAGAGCAGACCUCCCAGCCACUGAGGGAGAGAGCAGCUGUGAACUGGGCAAGGAGAUCAGUUCUGCAGACCUGGCAUAUGUGACAGACUCUAAGAAGAUCAACAGGCAUGGGAAGCAACACUGGUCUGUGGAAGAGAGUGUGAACUUGGAAAGCCUUUCCAUCCAGACUGAUAGCCAGUCAGCUGCCCAGCUAGCCCGGACACAAAAGCUGGCUUUGUUGAAACUCACUGCUUUAAUGGACAGAUACUCCCCUUCCAGUAAGCAGGGCUGGAACUGGACUAUACCAAAGUUCAUUAAAAAAAUAAAAGCCUCUGACUACAAGGACAAAAAUGUGUUUGGGGUUCCUUUACUUCUGAAUGUUCAGCGAACAAGCCACCCACUGCCUAACGGCAUACUGCAAGCACUGGACUAUUUAAGAAGCCACUUUCUUGACCAGGUUGGCCUGUUCCGAAAAUCUGGUGUUAAAUCCAGGAUUCUGUCUUUAAGAGAAAUGAAUGAAACCAACCCAAACAACGUAUGUUACGAAGGGCAGUCAGCAUUUGAUGUGGCAGAUAUGGUGAAGCAGUAUUUCCGAGACCUUCCUGAGCCUAUAUUUACUAGCAGGCUCUGUGAAUCCUUCCUCCACAUCUACCAAUACGUGCCAAAGGAUCAGCAGUUUCAGGCUGUCCAGGCUGCUAUUCUCCUUCUCCCAAAGGAAAACCGAGAAGCUCUGAAAAUCCUCCUGUUCUUUCUACGAGAUGUGGUUGCUUUUGUUGAGGAAAACCAGAUGACCCCAACCAACAUUGCUGUCUGUCUUGCACCUUCUUUGUUUCACCUCAACACCUUGAGAAGGGAUAGUUCCUCCUCCUCCGUGAGAUCUAGUCAGAGGAAGUGCAGCUUGGGGAAGCCAGACCAGAGGGAGCUGAGUGAGAACCUGGCAGCAACACAGGGCUUGGCCCACAUGAUAAUGGAGUGCAACAGACUCUUCCAGACUGACUUCCCGGCUUGACCUCGGCCUUUCCUCAUCCUUAUGGACUUGCCUGGCGAUCACUAGACUGUGGCUGACCCUGGUUGCUGUCACUGGACCUGAUCCUGACCUCCCUUGCUGACUCACCUUCCUGGCACAACCUCAGACCGCAUCACCAUGGAUGUGUCUGAUGAUCUGGACUCUUGGCUGACCCUGGCUGCCACCUCUGGCCCGGCUCAGGUACUGUGGGACUGGGUGGCUGCCGUGCCAGCCCUGUUAUCCCACUUGACUCCUGGCCCCUCUCCCUUGGGAGCCGCCAGCCCUUGGUGCACCCCGACAGUCAGCUCGCGCCUUCCCACGCUCCACUCGAGCACCACGGCUGGGCCGGGGCCGCUGUCCCAUGGCUCCCCUGCACCGACACACGGCCCUGCCCCAGGGCUCUCCCCAGCACUGACCCCCCCAGCCAGUCCCUUGCUCCUGAGUGACACCCGCUGCCCCCCCCCCCAGCCCAGCCCAGCCUGGGGUCCGAUCUCUCCAUGGCAUCAGUCCCCAACCUGGCCAGGGCUCCUAAGUGACCCCCUCCACCCCCAGUCCGACCAUGGGUCCCCAUUUCGUCAACAGUGGCCUGAACCCCUCUGCCUGGCCCUGAGGUCCCUUGGGGUGCCCUGAUGCCUGCCCCGCACCCUGCAGUCCGCCCUGGCAACAUGGGAGCUGGUCCCGUCCCUGGCUGCGUGGCCCCCCCCCCCCCCAAAAUAGCCCCGCAGGGACUCUGAUCUGCCCUCGGACCCACCGCCAUCCUGCACACUCCUGCUACGACCAGGGCGCUUCGCAAGACGUGCUGCUGAUGCCAGGGCUGCGAGCUGUGGGGCUGCCCCUCAGCGAGGGGUGCCAGGGCCCUGGCUCGCGUGCCCCCUGCCCUGCCAGGGCAAGGAUUUGGUGCCGAGACUCGGGGACCGCCCGGAGAGGGCCGUCCCCCUUCUGCUGGUGACCUUGAGGAGGGGCCGCAGGCAGCUCCGCGGGGCGGCCUGCCUCAGCCAUGCCUGCGCCUGGACACGCACCCGCUGCUCUGGACCCAGACCUGGACUCUGACGCUUGGCCCUGCCUGGUCUCCGUGGCCGUCGCUGGACUGCAGCUGACGCUGUUACCACCGCCGACCCUGACCCUGCCUGGCUUGGCCUCGGCCCCUGCGACUGGGACUCUCGGUCGGUCGCCACUGCCAUUCCCGGGCCCGCCCGGCGUCUCCCUCAGGUACUUGACUGUUGCCUUGGUCACUGCUGACUUCAUGAAACAAGCAUCCUGAGCGCCAGGGCCUUGCACUGCUGGGCUGGGAUGAGACUGCUUGGCUCCCUUGAGAGCUCUGUGCUCUGCUGAGGGAUGCCAGAGACGACAUCAAAAGCUGGGUGACCUGUUCACACCUGGCAAAUAAGGUACCUGGCUGCUCACAACUCUCUACGCAGCCUUCCUGCUCACAUGCAGAUGACGACACAGGCUGUGCCAGCCGCCUUCGGUCCUCCCCCAUGGACAACUCUUGUUCUGCAGCAGCAAGUAGUGUGACAACGGCCUUCCCAGCACAGGGAAACCCCCUGCACAUUGCCUGUACCAUGGUAUGUGACACAGGCACAUGCAGCACCCCUACGCCAACACUCACCACUCUGCCUGUCCUUCUCAACACAGUAGCAGUUGUCGUAGAACUCGGUGAAGGUGGUGGCCAGCUCGUAAAGGUAGUCACAGAGCGUGUGCAAUAACAAGUCCUCCAGGAUUUUCUGCAGGAUCUCAGGGAACCUCAGGAUGCACUUGCCCAGUUUCCACUCCUUCUCAUGGUCAAGGAUGAGCACCUCCUCCCUAGCUGCCUUCCGCAGCAUCUGCUCGUCAAUAUUGGCCAGGCGAGCAAUAGCCCUGAAAUGGUCCAAAACACAGUCUGCUUGUGAGGGUCCCACUGCUCAACCUGCCCGAGGGCCAGCCUGCAAGUUGGUCACGUGUCUGGCUUGUCUCAGGGCUAGCACUGGCCACCCGCUGACCUCCUCACUUGCCCGGUCCUGGGUUACCAGGCCAGAAGACAGCAACGAGCCCUGGGAAUGCAUGGGGAGACACUGCCCUCAGAGCGAUCCAACAGGGCACUGCAGGGGAACAGGGAGGGAUGUGCUCUGGGCACAUGUGUUGGCAAGGACAGCUGAUGCUGCCAAGCAAACCAGGGCUCAGGGUGCCAGAAAAACUGUGUGGGGCAUGGCGACACCCAAGGUGAGCAGCUGCUGGAACGCAGGCUCACCCCUCUCUGACCACCUAAGUCCUCUAAUGGAAUUACCAGAAACUCCCACAGUUCCCACCCCGCUAGCUAAAGGGCUGGGGUGCAUGUCACACCGAGGAGCCCUGUUUCAGAUAGCAGAGGACACCAUUUCCAAUGACAAAUAAAAUCUUGCCUAAGGUA